AUGAAGGCUCUCCAGGACUCUACUUCUCCCGCCUCGUUAUCCGGCUGUAUUGGUGUAUCUGAAGACAGAGCCAAGAGCAAAAGCUCCAUCGAUGGCGAGUCUUUCGAAGGCUUUCCGUCUGGUGUUGCGUCAAGUACAUCCGUCAUUGCACAACCCAUCAAAGCCGACAGGAAGCAAGAGCUGCUUUGCAUAUGUUGUAGCAAGACUAGAAGAUUUGAUACAGAGGAGAAGCUCAACGAACAUAUCGCAGAAAGACCAUAUCAUUGCACAUUUUGCGACCUCAGGUUCACGAGCAGAAACGACGCACGAAGGCAUAAGGAUAGCAUACAUGUCCGAAAAGUCAGCUGGUCAUGUUCGGCUCUCUCCAAUGACUUAGUCGCGUUCCGUGAGACUCAUCCAGGAAGAUUUCAGUGCGGCUAUUGCGGGCUAGAAUUAGAGUUGGUCUAUGACGGCACUGAUGGCAGCCUUCAAUUGACCGAACAGCACAUUUCCAACCUGCUACAACACCUCAAGGACACCCACCGACAUCGACUUUGCCCUCUCAACAAGAAUUUUUUUCGGCUAGAUCACUUUCAACAACAUAUCAAGCACAGCCAUGCCGCGAAACCUGGGAAUUGGUUAUACACCGUUGAGAGAGCUUGUCUAGUACCCCCUGAAUGA